AUGGAGACGAUGCUGGAGAGUAAAAGACGAAUCACUUCAACGAGCGAUGACGCCGACGCGGUGGUGCUCGGGGCGACGUGUUACGCGCACUUUUCGCUCGUCGACGCGUCGUCGGGAGAGACGGUCAGGGAUACGCGCGCGGACAUGGAACCCGUGCAGUUCGUCGUGAGCGCGCGCGUGGGGUUGAGGGACGACGUCGGGCGAAGCCGAAGCGCGGGGGUGGGGAUAGAGGGAUUGGACGCGUGCGCGAGGACGAUGCGCGUCGGCGAGCGCGCGACGUUCGAGAUUCCGCCCGAGCUCGCGUACGGCGAGGAGGGAAAUUUUUCGUUCCCAGCGGUGGGGAAGAAUAAGACGUUGACACUAGAUUUAGAGAUUUUGGGAUGCUUGGGAUCGGUGGAGGCGCCGGAGACGUUGCAGAGAGACAUGACGUACGAGACGCGGAUUGAACGCGUGAAGAUGCAUCGAGCGAAUGGAAACGAAGCGUUCGUCGCGGGCGACGUGAAGCGAGCGAUUCGCGAGUACUCCAUGGCGCUCACAUAUCUCACAGAGGACUUCAUGAUGCAGCUGUUCGAUAAGUACGAGGUGGAGGCGAGAGAGGAAUACGUCGCGGUGCACGGAAAUUUAGCAGCUGCGUUCCUGCGAUUGAACGAGUACGAACUCGUCUCGACGCACGUCGAGUACGUUUUGCGAAACGACGAGAACAAUAUCAAGGCAUACUACAGGCGCGGUAAAGCGCGGUUGGCGAUCGGACACGAGGACGCCGCGCGCGAGGACUUGCUGAAGGCAAAACGACUCACGGACGCGGCUGGGAUCAAGGAUGCAAACAUCACCACCGCGCUUCGCGAGCUCGAACAGACGGUGCGAGAUCGUGAGCGCGAAACCUCCGCAGUAUUUCGAGGUAUGUUUGGUGAUUCCUCGAAGGUAGACACAUCGAACGUGGCGCCGAGCGGGUCCGAGCCGGCGACCCUAGAAUCUCACGCGCCGUCUGGUGGUUUCGUGAGCAGUCUCAUCACGAAGUUGAUGGGAUCGAGGCGAUGA